AUGCGUAGCUCAAUUCUCCCUGCUCUUGCCGCCAUGGCUGUCACCGCCGAAGCAGCAAAGGCAUACAUCCCCUCCGUCUGGAACAACACCGCCCCGGCCAUCCACACCCAGCUCGUCCAGGCCAAGAAUGGCUUCUUCGAGGUCGGCGGAGUCGCAGAUGGCAUUUGCCAGGAUUACAACCCAGGCUGCCCUUCCGCCAACAGCACCAUCAUCUCUGGACCCGUCUCAAGCAAAUACGACGGUAACAAGACCACAGACUUCUGGCUCGGCAUCACCGACCCCAAAGGCCAGCAAAUCUACGUCUACGAUCAAAAGUUGAUGUACACUCUUCCCCGUACCAAUGUCGUAUCCGGCCCUGAAGGAAACGCCAUCAACGGUCCUUUCUCUGUUGACUACGACGACCUUGCUCAAGGCACCGUCCUCCGCUUCCAGGGCAAUGACUGGGCCGCUUGCAAGACUUUCAACGUCAGACAGGGUAUUCGCACCAUCGUCCAGCCUUUGGUUUAUGGAAGUUCACUCUGGGAAAAUGCCUUCGGCUGGGAAUGCACACCUUUCAAGAUGACGCUUGAGGAGACCGACGCACCCGCCGUUGACCAUUAUCGUCGUGAUUGCCCUUUCCAGUGGUUGAACACCUCCCCAGAACUCUGUAUGGGUCAGACUUGGGGUCUUGUCAACGCUGAUGGAAGUUGUGUCGCCCCUGCCUAA